GUAAACUGAUUCCAGGUCAGCCAGUCGCAGUGAAGACGUCCUGAAGCCAGGAAGUGUGGAGCAACUAAUGUCAGCGAUAGUAGUCAUUGAACACCAACGGACACUCUUUAGUCUGGACUGUUUUGGUGUCAUUAUUUCUUCUUAAACCUUUACGUGUUUGAGUUUUUGACGAUGGAUAAACUGCGACGUGUUCUGAGCGGCCGGGAAGACAAUGAAGAACUCGGGUUAACUGCACAGGUCCUUGAUGGCAGCUCUCUCAGCUUCAGCACCAGGGUGAAAUGGUUUGUCAUAUGCUUUGCUGUAGGCAUCCUGUUCUCCAUACUCGGCUCCGCACUGCUGUUCCUUCCUGGGGGGCUCAAGCUUUUUGCUGUCUUCUACACACUAGGAAAUAUUGCAGCUUUGUCCAGCACCUGUUUCUUGAUGGGACCCUUGAAACAGCUGAAGAAGAUGUUUGAACCCACAAGACUCAUAGCUACCAUUGUUAUGAUGCUGUGCCUUGUCUUAACACUUUGUGCAGCGUUUUGGUGGAAGAAAAAUGGAUUGGCCAUCAUCUUCUGUAUUCUACAGUUUUUGUCAAUGACCUGGUAUAGCAUCUCUUACAUUCCUUUUGCCAGAGAUGCAGUGAUGAAGUGCUUCACAACCUGCCUUAAUUAAAGCCCAGGAGGCUGCAAUUUGCUUUGCGGAAUGGUUCCAGUAUACAAAAAACUUGUAAAAUACAUUGUUUAUACACUUUUCCUUCAGUUUUCAUUGCUUUUUGCCUUAUAAUGUGAAUUCUUGUCUGUUUUUCGCUGAAGGUGUUUAAAUUUGGCCAGAAUGUAAUUGUAAAUCAGCCUUGUCUAUAAUCACUGCCUUUAAUAUUUAAUAUAUUUAGUAGAUGCUUGUGAUAUUCUUAUCCUUUCUGAAGAUUUUAUACAACUCUUGUUCAGGGAAAUUGGUUUGACUUAAUGCAAAAUGAAUUGUAAAAACAGCGCCUUAACAUGUCUCUGUAUUUAUGCCAAACACAUUCUUUCCAUUUUUUGAGCAGUAAUAAGCUUUCUGUUCUGUUUUUUUUUUUUUUUGUUUGUUUUGGAAUUUUAAAGUGAUGUAAGCAUGUUAGAUGCUAAUGCUUUGGGUUUUUUUUUUAAGAGUCAAUGCUUCACUGAUGAUGCACUGGUAUGCAUAGUGCCUACAUCUCUUUGAAAUGGCUAUUUUUUUCUUCUGCUAGAGAGAUUUAAAAGUGCUGCUUUUUUUUGUUCUGUCUGAUGGUUAAAGUGUGCAUUCUGCCACACGUUGAUCCCCCCACGCAAAAAUGUACAUUAAAGAAACGUUCUGUUUUAGAUGUGGUUUACUGCCAUAUGUAGGGAUGACCCAGUUAAUUACGCUUCCCUGAGCGUUGUGAUUUUGACAUGACCUAAUAACCCAGCUUGCAUUGUGCUGCCUGUGUUGCAUUGGCAUGUAGCCUUUGAGGAUGUGGUUGCCAUGACUACCUCCUCUGGAGGAUGCAAGGCUCCUUCCUACCCCCAUUUUCAGAGCAGAUGUUCACAUUUGUCAAGGUGUUUUUUUUUUUUCCCUGUGUGUUAAAUGGACCAACAGCUUAUAAAGCUUAACCUGACAAAGAUGAUUUAUCCACUCCAGGAUUCAGUCUAGAUUUGUCUAUAGUUUUAUUUAUCUUCCUGAUUAAUCACCUCCUUCCUUUUCUUAAACUUUAAUGCCCACAUAGCUGCUAGAUGUUUUUUUCUUGUGGUGGGAUUUCAUCCACACAAUCUCCCUUCAUUUGUGCAACUAAUUUGGCAGAGAUCCACCAAAUCCGUCAGAAUAAUGCAAAGGACAAAAUGAUUAUUGUUCGUUGAAUGUUGUGGGCUUUGCAUUUGUUUUCAUCUGCCGACUAUUUUUGGACUGUUCUGAAGUUUCUGGUUGAAGGGGAUGUGUUCUGACCUCUGCAAUCUGCUGGCGUUCCAGCUGUUUCCUCUAGUUUUUAAUCUGUGGUUAUGUCACAGAGAUGAGGGAACCCACACGCCUCUGCUUCCUCUUCAGAUUAGCGCUCCAAAUCUUCUUGUAAAGAUGAAUAAAUAACUUGGCCAAUGGUG